GUUUGAAUAACCAACACAUCAAGUAAAGAGCGUAGCUUUGAACAGUUCCUAAAAGUUGUUCCACAUUUUUUUAUGCAUGUUGGAAAUGGCUUGUUCUAUGUUUACAAACCAUAAUGCAUAUACAACAUACAAAACUUAUGAAUCGUUUAGUAACUCGAGUGUCAGUAAUCCUGUGAUGGAAAACCCAUUACCUUACCCGACACCCUCCUCUAUCAUUCAAACACCGAGUCAGCAAGGUACGCUUCAUAAGCCACAGUGUCGGUACACGUAUGCCUUACCUACCACAGCGCUGAGUGGAAGUUCUGGAGGAAAUAUUCUAGGCAAUCAUAUCAACUCUGUUUUCGAUCCAGAACUUGAAGCCAGAGCGAAACAGUUGCAGGAAUUGGAAAGGUUUGCCAACGAAUUUAAACACUGUCGUAUAAAACUUGGUUACACUCAGACUGGGGUCGGAGCUGCACUUGCUGCAAUACACGGCACUGAUUUCAGUCAAACUACAAUAUGCCGUUUUGAGAAUCUACAACUCAGCCUGAAAAACGCGUACAAACUUAAACCGAUCCUCACCCGGUGGCUUGCCGAAGCUGAACGACAAGGAGCAGAGGAUAUCGACGAUCAACUCGGACAAGAUCGUAAGAGAAAGAAAAGAACAACGAUUGGUCUGACAGCAAAAGAAGCAUUGGAACGCCAUUUUAUGAAGCAUCCAAAACCUUCCUCUUUGGAGGUCUACAGAAUCGCGGAAAGUCUUGGACUGGAUAAAGAAGUCGUACGAGUUUGGUUCUGUAAUCGAAGACAAAGAGAGAAGAGAGUUAAAACUACAUUAACAACUGCUCUUUCUUUGUUUCCGCCCAUGUUACAUCAGCCUACUGUCAUGUGAAGUGCUCUACUGCGUCGCUACAAACACUCUCGCAAAAAUAAACGAAGUCUCUGUAGAUGGGAGUGGCGUCUUAACCGGACGGGUUUGAACAUGAUUGACUUCAAGUUUUAGGUUCCCAGUGUGAAGAAGUCGUGACCAGCGAAAAGAACGUGGACUGAAGACACUCGGACGCCUAAGAUGGUUCAAAGCAAUGCAAUGUCUAGCUUGGUAUGAUGGUGUUUUUAGAAACACCUUUAAGGUUUUCACUUCCUACUAUAGAAAAGCAAUGAAUAGUUAAAUAAACUAAGGACAUGAAACGCGCAAGUUGUGUAGAUUUGUUUGUAAUACAAGACUAAGUGGGAUCUCAGUACCUAUCACUUGUGCGAUGAUUUGCAUCCUGUUAGAUUCAGACUCAAAUAUGAUUAGCAGCCAAUCUCCAAUCAUGUGUUGCAUCUUUCCGUCAAACACUGACGUAAAUUAUUCAUGAUUCAAAAUACUAUCCGAAAGUAAUACAGCCUAUAUGGAGGUAAUAUAUGUCGCUUGAUUGUAUUCUAUUGAAA